CUUUGCUUUAGAAAUAGGCCCAUUUAUUCUGCACUGAGGUCGUGAGACGUGACCCGGGCGGAUCUGGAACCUUCUUAAUAGCAAAGAAGGGUAAUUUUGGCAUUCUAAAUUAGAUACCAUCUGCGAUUGGACUUCCUCCAGUCGGAUUUUUGCCACGUACGUUUGUUUGGAGGACCAUUCAAUCGAACGGUUCACGAGGUAUGUUGCAAGCUAAUAUUGUAGUCAAGUGAAUGCCUCUGUUUUGGCGCGCUUUGAAUCACAAAAGUUUAUACAACGGACGGCUCAGAUCAAACCACUCGACUGAGGGACAUUGUCACCUUCAAAAACUCGGAAGGGGCAAAAAGAAAUAUUGGCGCCAAUUCUUCAUCUGCAGAUUCUAGUUAUCAUCUCUCGUUCUCUCUAGCUCUCUGUGUCCACGCCAAUCUUACGAUGCAACGUCAGAAAUCUAUAUUAUCUUUUUUUCAAAAACCCUCGCCGGAGGACCAAAAGUGCGGAGGUUCAUCAGCCGCCGACACAUCCGCGGGCCGGAGCGUUUCUCAGUUUCCGGCGAAGCAACGGAACCAAAACUUCGCUGUUGGUGAUCAACCUACAUUUCAGAUCCCAAAGCACUCGUCUAUGGAAAUCACAGGUACGGACACUCCGCCGGAGAAGGUGCCACGUCAGAUGAUACCGGCCAGCUUCACCGCAAAUGACGACAGAAAAGCUGCUUCUUCUUCUUCUUCUUUGUUCUCAAGUAUCAUGCAUAAGUUUGUGAAAGUUGAUGAAAGAGAAAGCUCUUGCGAGAGUGACUGUGAAGUGCUCCCUAAAGAAGGAAAUGUGUUUCACAGUGAUGCAAAGGAAAGUGGUUUUAAUUCUACCAAGCAAGUUAAUCAAGUGUGUUCACUUCAUAGUGAAAGUGGUGAUGAUGAUAUCAUUGGGCCUGAGACACCUGGUAUGCGACCUUUUGUCCCCCGUUUGAAACGAAUUCAAGAAGAUAACUUUGAGAAUAAGAAUGAGUGUUCCUUGCUGGAUUCUAGCAAAAGACUGAAGCUUCUUCAGAAUUCAACAACUGGAAACAAAAACUAUGGGGAAGUAUCUGAUACAACUAGCAAGUUUGAAUGGCUUGAUCCUUCCCGAAAAAGGGAUGCUAAUAGGAGGAGGCCUGGUGAUGCUCUUUAUGAUAAAAGGACACUUUAUAUACCGCCUGAUGCUUUGCAGAAAAUGUCAGCAAGUCAGAAACAAUAUUGGAGUAUCAAAUGCCAAUAUAUGGAUGUUGUUCUCUUCUUCAAAGUGGGAAAAUUCUAUGAGCUUUAUGAACUAGAUGCUGAAAUUGGCCAUAAGGAGCUUGAUUGGAAAAUGACAUUUAGUGGUGUGGGGAAAUGUCGACAGGUUGGUAUUUCUGAGAGUGGGAUUGAUGAGGCUGUGCAGAAGUUGAUUGCUCGUGGAUAUAAAGUUGGACGAAUGGAGCAGUUGGAGACAUCUGAACAAGCAAAAGCCAGAGGUUCAACUUCAGUAAGUUUGCCAAAGGUAAUUCAAAGAAAACUAGUUCAUGUAGUCACACCAUCAACUGCAUGCGAUGGCAACAUUGGGCCUGAUGCUGUUCAUCUUCUUUCUGUAAAGGAGGGUAACAACAUAUUGGAGAAUGGUUCAGUUAUAUAUGGGUUUGCUUUUGUUGAUUGUGCGGCCUUAAAAUUUUGGAUUGGAUCCAUAAGUGACGAUGCUUCUUGUGCUGCUUUGGGGGCUUUGUUGAUGCAAGUGUCACCUAAGGAAGUCAUAUAUGAAAACCAAGAGCUGUCCAAAGAAGCUCAGAAAGCACUCAAGAAGUAUUCAUUAUCAGGCUUCACUGCUUUGAAGUUGACUCCUCUUCCGCUGUGCACUGAUUUUGUGGAUGCUUCAAAAGUAAGAAAUCUGAUUCAUUUGAAGGGGUACUUUAAAGGCUCUGAUAAUUCAUGGGAUCAUGCACUUGAUGGUGUCAUGCACCAUGAUCUUGCUUUAUGCGCUCUUGGUGGACUUCUUGGUCAUUUGUCCAGGUUGAAGUUGGAUGAUACUUUACGUAAUGGAGAUAUUUUACCAUACCAAGUCUAUAGCGGUUGCCUCCGGAUGGAUGGACAAACACUAGUCAAUCUUGAGAUUUUCAGUAAUAAUGCUGAUGGUGGCUCAUCAGGUACUCUAUACAAAUAUCUUGAUAACUGUGUAACAUCAUCUGGUAAGCGGCUUUUGCGGAACUGGAUCUGUCAUCCACUGAAAGAUGUUCAGGGAAUCAAUAAUAGGCUUAAUGUAGUGGAGCAUCUAAUGACCAAUACAGAAACUAUGUCGUUCAUUGCUCAAUGUCUUCGCAAGCUUCCAGACUUGGAAAGGUUACUUGGACAGGUCAAGGCUAGUGUUCAGUCAUCAGCUUUACUAUUGCUGCCUUUUUUUGGCAAAAAAUUAUUGAAACAGCGGGUAAAAGUGUUUGGGUUGCUUGUUAAAGGUUUGCGCGUUGCAAUAGACUUGCUAGUGCAGCUACAGAAGGAAGGGCACAUAAUGCCAUCAUUAUCAGAAGUCUUAAAACUUCCAAUGUUAAGUGGUAGUAGUGGGGUUGAUAAACUCCUUACUCAGUUCGAAGCAGCAAUAGAUAGUGACUUCCCCAAUUAUGAGAACCAUGAUGUAACAGAUUCAGAUGCCGAAAUACUCUCUAUUCUGAUUGAGUUAUUUAUUGAGAAAACUACUCAGUGGCUUCAAGUCAUUCAUGCUAUUAACCACAUCGAUGUACUAAGGUCUUUUGCAGUCAUUGCAAACUUUUCAUGUGGGGCUAUGUCUAGACCUGUUAUUUUGCCUCAUUCAGAACCAGCAACUUUGUCUGGAGAGACUAGAGGACCUCUACUUAAAAUCAGAGGUCUAUGGCAUCCAUUUGCUAUUGGGGAGAAUGGAGGACUGCCUGUCCCAAAUGACAUACACCUUGGUGAGGAUACAGAUGGCAAUCAUCCACGCACUUUGCUGUUGACUGGACCAAAUAUGGGUGGAAAAUCAACCCUUCUGCGUGCCACCUGUCUUGCUGUUAUACUGGCCCAGCUGGGCUCUUAUGUGCCUUGUAAGAUGUGUAUACUCUCCCUUGUGGAUGUUGUCUUCACAAGGCUUGGUGCCACUGAUCGAAUCAUGACUGGAGAGAGUACUUUCUUUAUCGAGUGCACUGAAACAGCAUCAGUUCUUCGAAAUGCCACUCAAGAUUCUCUUGUUCUGCUUGAUGAACUGGGUCGAGGAACAAGCACCUUUGAUGGAUAUGCCAUUGCAUAUGCUGUAUUCCGCCAUCUUGUUGAAAAGGUCAACUGCCGGUUGCUAUUUGCUACACACUACCACCCACUGACAAAGGAAUUUGCUUCUCAUCCUCAUGUCACACUACAACACAUGGCUUGCACUUUCAACCUGAAGGGUGAAAAGUCUUCUGGAGGUGAACAGGAGUUAGUUUUUCUUUACCAGCUUACAUCCGGAGCAUGCCCAGAGAGUUAUGGAUUACAAGUGGCACUCAUGGCUGGGGUCCCAAAAGAGGUGGUUGAAGCAGCUUCAACAGCUGGACGAAUGAUGAAACAGUCGAUCGGAGAAAGUUUCAGGACAAGUGAACAGAGAUCAGAGUUCUCAACUCUCCAUGAAGAGUGGCUGAAGGCCCUAUUGACCGUUUCAAGGCUUGGAGAACAUAAUUUUGAUGAUGAUGCCUGGGAUACAUUGUUUUGCCUGUGGCAUGAGAUGAAGAGCUCAUGCCAAUCCACUAACUCAAGAAAGGCACUAAAUUCACAGAUUGCACCUUAGAAAUCCUGAAGCAGUCAAUUUUGAAAUGAUUUGGCAGUUCAGAUCCAUGACUUUGUACGUGCAUAAUUUAGAUAUUUGGUUGUAAAUUGGGGAAAAGAACUGCACUGUAAAUUGUUUCCUGAUGCUAAUAGCCUAAGAGCUUUCUUUCA